AUGAUCAUUGGCAUUUUUACAGUUUGUUUUUCAUCACCGAAGCCGUUAGGUAAAACGUGUACGUUUAUUUUGAAAUCAGAAGCUCCCAGUUUAAUUGUUAGUGAUUCUCAUCCGCAUUCUAUUGCUGUUGCUGAUUUUAAUAAUGAUUACCUUCCUGAUAUUGUUGUUCCUUAUUCUGGCACAAGUAGUUUAGGAAUAUUUCUUCGACAGGACAAUACUACAUUUAGAAAUCAAAUCACAUAUUCAACUGGUUCCAAUUCACUUCCAUAUGCUGUCUGUGUUGGUGAUUUCAAUCAUGAUCAACAAAUAGAUAUAGCUGUAGCUAAUUUUGGUGCUAAUAAUAUUGGUAUUUUUCUAGGGAAAGGUAAUGGUAGUUUCAUGUCACAAAUCACUUUUUCUACUGGUUCAUCUCGUCCACGAUGGAUUGCUGUUGGUGAUAUGAACAAUGAUAAACAACUUGAUAUAGUCGUUGCAAAUUAUGGUACUAAUGAUAUAGGCAUUCUUUUUGGAGAUGGUACUGGAAAUUUUGUAAAACAAAACACAUUUUCAACUGGUUAUGAUUCUAUUCCAUAUUCACUUGUUAUUUCUGAUCUUAACAAUGAUGAUAAACUUGAUAUUAUCGUUGCAAAUCAUGGUACUAACAAUGUUGGUAUAUUUUUUGGACAUGGAAAUGGUUCAUUCGAAAGCCAGUUCAUAAUUAGUACUGGAUUUAAAUCUCAACCAUAUUCAGUUGCUGUUAAUGAUUUAAAUAAUGAUAGUUACAUGGAUAUUGUAGUUGCUUGUUCUGGUUUAAAUACAAUUGAUGUUCUCUUAGGCUUUGGAAAUGGAAGUUUCACAAUACCAUACAAAUAUUCAACUAAUAAUAAUUCAUUUCCAUUAUCGCUGGUAAUUGGUGAUUUUGAUAAUGAUAAUCAACUUGAUAUUGCUGUUGCAAACUAUCAGGGCGGAAGUGUGGGUAUAUUUUUUGGAUAUGGAAAUGGAGUUUUUACAGAUCAAAUGAUAUUCUUCAGUGUUAGUUACAAUUUUAAUCCAUAUUCUAUUGCUGGUGGUGAUUUCAAUGGUGACAAUCAAUUAGAUAUUGCUGUUGUCAAUUACGAUUACAACUAUGUUGAUAUUGUUCUUACAUAUCGAAAUUAUACUUUCUUAAGUCAAAAUACCUAUUCAACAGGCAAUGACAGUAGUCCGGUUGCAAUCGCUGUUGCUGACUUUAAUAAUGAUAAGCAACUGGAUGUUGUCGUCGCCAAUUCUGGAACAAAUACUAUUGGUAUAUUUCUUGGGUAUGGCAACAGUACUUUCUCACCUGAAAUAACUUAUUCAACUGGAGACAAUUCUCUACCGAAUGCAGUUAUUAUUGGUGACUUUAAUAAUGAUCAGCAACUGGAUAUUGUCGUCGCUAAUUCUGGAACGGAUAAUAUUGGUAUAUUUCUUAAUUAUGGUAAUGGUAUUUUCUCAAGUCAAACUAACUAUUCGACUGGCAACGGGUCUACGCCGUAUGAUGUUGCUACUGGUGAUUUUAAUAAUGAUGGACAGCUAGAUAUUGCCGUUGCUAACUAUAAUGGUUGGAAUAUAGGUAUAUUUCUAGGAUAUGGCAACGGUACUUUUUCCAGUCAACAGACCUAUACAACUGGAAAUUACUCUGCACUUUUGUCUAUUGCUAUUAGUGAUUUUAAUAAUGACAAUCGAUUAGAUAUAGCUGUUAUGAACUAUGGAGGUGAAAAUGUAGGCAUAUUUCUGGGAUAUGGCAAUGGUACUUUUGCACAUCAAAUCUACUUUUUUGCUCCAGCUGCCACUGGUCCAUUUGAUCUUGCUAUCGGUGAUGUGAAUAAUGAUGAUCACCAAGAUAUAAUCGUUACUACUCUUUACGGUGAAAGUAUGCUUAUUUUCUUGGGAUACGGUAAUGGAACAUUUGCCCAUGGAAAUACAUAUUCUACUGGUAGUGGUUCUCAACCAGUAUCAAUUGCUGUUGGUGACGUAAACAACGACAAUCAACUAGACAUCGUUGUGGCCAAUUGUUUCAUUGGCAAUGUCCUAGUAUUUAUUGGAGAGGGUGAUGGAACGUUUUCUAAUCAAAGAACUUAUUUAACUGGCAACAAUUCUUGUCCAAAUGCCGUCGCUCUUGGUGACUUCAAUAAUGACAACAUUCUAGAUAUUGUCGUUACCGGUUUUUUUACGAAUACAAUGAGUGUUUUUCUCGGAUCUUCUUAUAUGACUGGUAUAGUUGAACAUACAUAUUCAACUGGAUCUUCUCCAUAUCCACGUGGUUUAGCUCUUGGUGAUUUCAAUCAUGAUGGUCAAUUAGACAUCGUCAUUGCUAACUAUAACUUAAAUAAUGUAGGAGUACUUUUAGGAAAUAUAAAUGGAACAUUUCCAUUACAAACAGUAUUUUCCACUGGUACCUUAUCUUUUCCAACUUCAGUUGUCGUUGAUGAUCUAAAUAAUGAUAACGAAUUAGAUAUUAUUGUGGCUAAUUCUGCAACUGAAAAUGUCGGCAUUCUUUAUGGAUAUGGAAAUGGUAGUUUCACAAAUUUAAAUAUGUAUUCAACUGGAGUUGGUUCUAUUCCACAAGCAGUAACUACUGGUGAUUUCAACAAUGAUAAGAAAGUUGAUAUUGUUGUUAUUGAUUCUGGCACUGAUAGAAUACUAACACUUAUCAAAUACGAUACUGGAAGUUUUCGAAAACAAGUAACAUUUUCCACAGGUACGGAUUCUGCUCCGGACGCAGUAGCUGUUGCUGAUCUAAACAACGAUGGUUGGUUAGAUUUCGUGUCAGGCAAUUCCGGCAAUAACAAUGUGGGUGUUUUUCUAGGACUGGGCAAUGGUACUUUUUCCAGUCAAACAAUACAUUCGACUGGAAUCAACUCGUUGCCAUAUGCGGUUAUUAUUGUUGAUUUGAACAAUGACAGUUAUUUGGAUAUAGUUACUGCCAAUUAUUGGGGUGGCAAUGUGAGUAUUUUUCUUGGAUAUGGUGCUGGUACGUUUACAAAUCAGACGACUUUUAAUACUGGUCAAUUGUCUGGUCCGAGCUCUGUCAUCAGUGCAGAUUUUAAUAAUGAUAGUCGAUUAGAUAUUGCCGUCGCUCUUCAACUCUCUGGUCAAAUGGGUGUUUUAUUAGGACACGGGAAUGGUAAUUUUUCUGAUACAGUCACCUAUUCAAUUGGCAAUAAUUCUUUUCCAGUAUCAAUCGCUACUAAUGAUUUUAACAACGACAAUCGAUUAGAUAUUGUCGUGGCCAAUUAUGGCUUUAGCAGUAUAAGUAUCUUUUAUGGGAACGGUGAUGGUACUUUUUCUAAUCCAACUAGUUAUACAACUGGCAAUGGUUCAUUGCCAAGGGACCUUGUUGUCAGUGAUUUUAACAACGAUGCUAUACUAGAUAUUGCAGUUGCCAAUUCCGGCACCGGAAAUAUUGGUGUGUUUUUUGGAAAUGUUAAUCAUAGUUUUUAUGAUCAAAUAACUUUUUCAACUGGUCAUGGCUCUAGUCCGUUGGCAUUAGUCGUUGAAGAUUUUAACAAUGAUAAUCAAUUAGAUAUCGCCUUUGUCAGUUUCGGUACCAAUUAUUUAGGUGUUCUUCUUGGAUGUAUUAAUGGUACUUUUUUUGAUCCAUUGACCUAUUCAACUGGUGAUAAUUCUCAGCCUAAUUUUCUCGGUGUUGGCGAUUUUAACAAAGAUAAACGUCUCGAUAUUGUCGUCGCUAAUUCUGGUACGAAUAAUAUAGGUAUGUUUUUUGGAUAUGUUAACGAAGGUUUUCUAAAUGCACCAGCUUAUUCGACUGGAUCUUCUUCUCAAGUGACUUCCAUAGCUGUUGGAGAUUUUAACAAUGAUACUCGAUUAGAUGUUGUCAUCACCAAUAAUGCUACAAACAAUGUUAAAGUUAUAUUUGGAUCAGGUUAUGGUACUUUUGUCAAUGAUAUAACAUAUUCAAGUGGCAAUGCUUCUCAACCGUGUUCGGUUAGUGUUGCUGAUUUAAAUAAUGAUAAUCGAUUAGAUUUUGUCGUUGCAAAUUCUGGUAUUAAUACCAUUAGUAUUUUUCUUAGCAAUGGUACUGGUACAUUUUCAAAUCAAAUCACUUACUCUACUGGUGUUAGUUCUCAACCAUAUUCAGUUGUUAUUCUUGAUUUUAAUAACGAUACUCGAUUAGAUAUUGCUGUUGCUAGUUACGGGACUAGUAAUAUCGGUGUAUAUUUUGGUUAUGGCAAUGGAAGUUUUAUGAAUCAACAAAUAUUCUCUAGUGGUUUUAAUUCACAUCCAUUUGCACUUGCUAUUGGUGAUACAGACAAUAAUCAUUUAACUGAUAUUAUUGUAACUAAUAAUGGAUAUGGUAAUAUAGAUAUUCUUAUGAAAACUUGCUAA